UGCGUCCCAAAAGUUAAUGAAGAUGGAGCAUACUUUUGUUUGACAUCCCCAUCUGACCUCUUAUCAUUCCAAUCUUGACAUCGUCGUAUCAAGUAUACCCAGCGACGAUUGAAGGAGGGUGCGCUCCUUCUCUCUAUCUUCUGCUCAGCGGGUUCAGAAAAAAACACCUACUGGUACCGAACGACAUUACAGGCGACAACAAGCACCUGGACUCUUUCGUUGCCUCGCCCCAUCACUGGAUAUCUCCCACUUUCUAUCCUCACCUCAGUCUGAAUUCUGCGCAGACUGCGCUCUAGCCAAUCAUGGCUUCCUCUUCCACUCCCAACGGCUCUUCUCAAGCUGGUCAUGCCGAGAUGUACGACCACAGCAGAAUAGCUCAUUUCAUCGGCGCCAACUCGCUCGAAGUGGCCCCAUCCGGCAGAGUCACAGACUUUGUCAAAGCUCAAGGCGGUCACACCGUCAUCACAAAGGUCCUGAUCGCCAAUAACGGUAUCGGUGCCGUCAAGGAGAUCAGGUCGAUCCGAAAAUGGUCAUACGAAACAUUCGGAUCUGAUCGUCAGAUUGAAUUCACAGUCAUGGCUACGCCAGAUGACUUGAGAAUCAAUGCGGAAUACAUCCGAAUGGCUGAUCGCUAUGUUGAAGUACCAGGAGGAACCAACAACAACAACUAUGCCAACGUCGACCUCAUUGUCGACGUUGCGGAACGAGCCGGCGUUCAUGCCGUCUGGGCCGGAUGGGGACACGCCUCUGAGAAUCCUCGACUCCCCGAGACUCUUGCCAAGUCCAAGAUUGUCUUCAUUGGUCCUCCCGGAUCCGCCAUGAGAUCCUUGGGAGACAAGAUCUCUUCCACUAUCGUCGCUCAACACGCCAAUGUCCCUUGUAUGGCUUGGUCCGGUACUGGCAUUUCGGAGACCACUCUCUCGGACCAAGGUUUCGUCACUGUCCCCGACAAGGCUUACGACGAUGCCUGCAUCCACAACUGGGAGGAAGGUCUUGCUCGAGCCGAUAAGAUCGGGUACCCCGUCAUGAUCAAGGCAAGUGAAGGUGGAGGAGGAAAGGGUAUCCGAAAAGUCGAUGAUCCAGAAAAAUUCAGAGGUGCCUUCCAAGCUGUCGCUAGUGAAGUGCCGGGAUCACCCAUCUUUGUCAUGAAGGUUGCUGGCUCUGCCCGGCAUCUCGAAGUCCAGCUCAUUGCCGAUCAAUACGGUAAUGCCAUCUCCCUCUUCGGUCGAGACUGUUCCGUUCAACGACGACAUCAAAAGAUUAUUGAGGAAGCCCCGGUCACCAUUGCUCGACCUGAAACAUUUGAAGAGAUGGAAAAGGCUGCCGUACGAUUGGGAAAACUCGUCGGAUACGUCUCGGCAGGAACUGUCGAAUACCUUUACUCCCACUCUGACGACUCCUUCUACUUCCUCGAGCUCAACCCUCGUCUGCAAGUCGAGCAUCCCACCACUGAGAUGGUCAGUGGAUGCAAUAUCCCCGCCAUCCAACUCCAAAUCGCUAUGGGUGUGCCCCUACACCGCAUUCGGGACAUUCGAAUUCUCUACGGAAUGGAUCCUCACUCCAACACGGAGAUCGACUUUGACGGUACCAACCCUGAAUCCGUCAACAAGCAGCGUAAACCUCAACCCAAAGGUCACGUUGUCGCCUGCCGUAUCACGGGUGAAAACCCUGAUGCUGGUUUCAAGCCUUCCUCAGGUGCCCUGACAGAGCUGAACUUCAGAUCGAAUUCAAACGUCUGGGGUUACUUCUCCGUCUCAUCAGCCGGAGGUUUGCACGAAUAUGCCGAUUCCCAAUUCGGUCACAUCUUUGCCUACGGUAUGGAGAGAUCUGAAGCCCGAAAGUCAAUGGUCGUUGCACUGAAGGAACUGAGCAUUCGAGGUGAAUUCCGAACGACUGUCGAAUACCUCAUCAAGUUGCUCGAAAAGCCCGAGUUCGAAAACAACACCUUGACCACUCAAUGGCUCGACUCGUUGAUUGCCGAGGGAAUGACGUCCGAGCGACCGGAUGCUACUGUCGCCGUCAUUUGCGGUGCCGUCGUCAAGGCUCACAUUGCCUACGAAGCUUCAUUGGCCAAGUACAAGUCUGUUUUGGACAAGGGUCAAGUUCCCCCAAAGGAUACUCUUCAAACCUUCUUCAAGAGCGAGUUCAUCUACGAAGGUGUCCGGUACUCUUUCGCCAUGGCCAAGUCGUCCCUGAACUCGUUCACCCUGUACCUCAACGGAGGACGUAUUUUCGUCGGAAGCCGUACUUUGAGCGACGGUGGAUUGCUUGUCUCCCUCGAAGGUGCCUCCCACACUGUCUACUGGCGAGAAGAAGUCGGAGCCAUGGUCCUCUCCAUCGACUCCAAGACCUGUAUGAUUGAAGAUGAGCAGGAUCCCACUCAGCUGAGAUCUCCGAGUCCUGGAAAGCUCGUCCGAUACCUAAUCGACUCCGGUGAUCACAUUGAUGCCGGAGAUGCCUUUGCCGAAAUCGAAGUAAUGAAGAUGAUCAUGGCGGUCAAUGCCAACGAAUCUGGUAUCGCUCAAUUCAUGAAGCAACCGGGUCAAACUCUGGCUCAGGGAGAGCUUCUCGGAAUCUUGACUCUUGAUGACCCCUCCAAGGUCAAGUUCGCCAAGCCUUUCGAGGGCAUGCUCCCAACCUUUGAGCUCAAGAACGGUCGAUACGGUACAAAGCCUCACCAACUUCUCCGAGAACACCUCGAGGUCUUGUACGACAAUCUGUCUGGAUACGACAAUAGCGCUGCUGUCAUUCCCUCGCUGCGAAUCGUUGAAGGCGCUCUUCGAAACCCCGACUUGCCCUACGCUCAUGCGCAAGACGUCCUCUCCGCCAUCAGCAGUCGAAUUCCUGCCAAGCUAGACGAGGAGGUCCGAAGCAUCAUCGACAGCGGCCGAGCUAAGAAGCUCGAAUUCCCAUCGACCAAGCUCAAGCGAUCCAUCGACUACUUCAUCGAAGAGAGUGUGCAGGCCAAGGAGCGAGCCCAAGUCCGCGCUGCCAUUACCCCCCUUCAAUCUCUCAUCGAUGCCUUUGCCCACGGACUCAAAGUUCACGAGUGGCAGACUUGGGCCGACCUGCUCAACUUCUUCACCGAUGUGGAGGAGCCGUUCGCCGACUCAGUCCGCACUCAGGAGAAUGUUGUGCUCAAAUUGCGAGAAGAUAACAAGGAUCUUGACUCUGUCGUCAAACUUGUUCUAUCACACUCCAAGAUUGCACUCAAGACCAAGCUGAUUCUCGCUCUUCUGGACAUCAUCCGUGCUGCAUCCCCUGAAGCCUCCAUGACUCCUGAAUCGCGGAUCAAUAAUGCUCUCAGCCGAAUGGCUGCUCUCGACAGUCGACCCACUUCCAAGGUCGCUCUCAAGGCAAAGGAAGUUAUGAUUGUUGGUAGCUUGCCAAGCUACGAAGAGCGUCUAGGCCAACUGGAGCAGCUCCUCAAGUCCUCCGUCACUACCAGCUACUAUGGUGAAAGCGGUCAAGGCCACCGAUUGCCCUCCAGCGAUCUCCUGAAGGAAGUCACCGAUUCUCGCUACACCGUCUUCGAUGUUCUCACCACUUUCUUCGACCACAAGGACCCUUGGGUCUGCCUUGCCGCACUCGAAGUUUACGUGCGACGUGCCUACCGUGUGUACAACGUUAUGCACCUCGACUACGAGCCCGGUCAGGAGGAGGGCGACCCUCACAUCAUCACUUGGCGAUUCAAGCUCGGCAGCACCUCGGCUGAACCCGUCACCCCCAGAAUCGAUUCAGUCAAGGACAUGACACGAAUCGCCAGUAUGAGUGACCUGAACUAUGUCGUGCACUCCAAGGCUGAACCCGUCCGAUUCGGUCUCAUGACUUCGUACAAUCACCUCGCAGAUCUCGAGGCUGGUUUCCCCAAGCUGCUCGCCAUGUACCCUGCUUUCAACCACAACGAAUUCACCGACCGACAUGGCAAAGAAGCUCGUCACCCACACGUCUUGAACGUCGCCCUUCGUCUACACGAUGGAGAGGAACACACUGAUGCUGAGCUGAGUCAGCGCUUCCACGAUCUUUCCAACAAAUACGGAAGCAAGAUCAAUGGCAAGGGUAUCCGACGAGUCACCUUUGUCAUGUGCCGGAAGGACCAGUAUCCUUCGUACGUCACUCUCCGAGAGGGUGAGACUGGGACUUGGAAAGAAGAGGAGGCAAUUCGAAACAUUGAGCCUGCCUUGGCUUACCAGCUCGAAUUGGGACGUUUGUCCAACUUCAAGAUCACGCCUCAACCUUCUUCCAACCGGCAGAUUCACGUCUACCAUGCCGUUGGCAGAGAAAACACUUCGGACGUGCGAUUCUUCGUCCGAGCCCUGCUUCGACCUGGUCGAUUCACCGGAAGCAUGAAGCAGACUGAAUACUUGAUCUCGGAGACAGACCGGUUGGUCGGUGACAUUCUCGACACACUCGAGGUCGUCUCAUCUCAACACCGUCAAGCGGAUUGCAACCACAUCAGCGUCAACUGCGUCUACUCGCUGAAUGUCAGCUUUGACGAUGUCCAAGAGGCUCUUGCUGGAUUCAUCGAGCGUCACGGAAAGCGACUAUGGAGAUUGCGAGUUACUCAGGCUGAGAUCCGAGUCGUUAUCGAGGAUGAAGAGGGCAACGCUCUGCCCAUCCGAGCCUUCAUCGAAAACGUCUCUGGAUUCGUUGUCAAAUACGAAGCCUACCAAGAGGUGACCAAUGAGAAGGGCGUCGCAAUCCUCAAAUCUAUCGGAGACCAAGGUCAAUUCCACUUGCAACCCGUCAACUUCCCAUACACCACCAAAGAGUCUCUCCAGCCAAAGCGAUACCAAGCUCAUAUUACUGGCACGACUUAUGUUUACGAUUUCCCAGACCUCUUCCGUCAAGCUGUCGAGAAGGCGUGGCGAUCGCUCACUGCCUACUUGCCGCAUAUAAAGAUGCCAUCUGAUCUCCUCACUGCCUCCGAGUUGGUCCUGGAUGAGCGGAAUGAGUUGACCGAAGUCAACCGACCUCCUGGUCUCAACACUUGUGGUAUGGUCGCGUGGGUCUUCACCAUGAAGACUCCCGAGUACAGCAAAGGUCGACGAGUCGUGGUCAUCUCCAACGAUAUCACUUAUAAUAUCGGAUCGUUUGGACCUCUGGAAGACGAGUACUUCUACAAAGCUACUCAGUAUGCCCGUCAGCAUGGUCUGCCCAGAAUUUAUCUGUCUGCCAACUCAGGAGCUCGAAUUGGUCUCGCUGAGGAAGUCAUGUCGCUCUUUGAUGUCGGUUGGAGAGACCCUUCCAAGCCUGAAAAAGGAUUCGAUUACCUCUACCUCACGCCUGACAACUUUGACAAGUUGAACCAGCUCGGAGCCGGCAGCGUCAUCACGACGGAAAUCGAAGUCGAAGGACAACGCAGACACAAGCUCACUGACAUCAUCGGUGUCAAAGAUGGACUUGGGGUCGAGUGUCUUCGAGGAUCCGCACUUAUUGCGGGUGAAACGUCUCGUGCCUACGAUGAUAUUUUCACCAUCUCAAUGGUCACUGCUCGAUCAGUCGGUAUCGGAGCGUAUCUUGUCCGUUUGGGACAACGUGUUGUCCAAGUUGAGGGACAACCGAUUAUCCUCACCGGAGCUCAGGCCAUCAACAAGGUCCUUGGAAAAGAGGUCUACACGAGCAACAUCCAAUUGGGAGGACCUCAGAUCAUGUACAAGAACGGUAUUUCUCACCUCGUCGCGGCAAGCGACUUAGACGGUGCCCUGCAGAUUGUCAACUACCUUAUGUUCAUCCCGGAUCGCCGCGGACGAGCAAUCCCUAUUCUUCCCACAGGAGACUCUUGGGACAGAGACGUCGACUUCAAACCUCCUAAGGGACCUUAUGACCCUCGUCAAUUCUUGGCUGGUUGCAAUGUCGAUGUCGAUGGUCACCAGACCUGGAAAUCUGGUUUCCUUGAUCACGGCAGUUUCUUCGAGACCAUGGGCGGAUGGGCUCAGACUAUUGUCACAGGUCGAGGUCGUCUGCACGGUAUCCCUGUGGCUGUCAUUGCUGCUGAGACUCGAAGUAUCGAACGUGUGGACCCAGCGGACCCAGCAAACGAAAGUUCGACUGAGAGCAAAGUCUCGUUGGCCGGUACCGUUUGGUUCCCUGACAGCUCGCGAAAGACUGCCACUGCGAUUGAGGAUGCCAACCGUGAAGGAUUGCCCUUGGUCAUCUUUGCAAACUUCCGUGGAUUUUCUGGUGGAAUGUCCGACAUGGCUCAAGCUAUCCUCAAGGAAGGAUCAAAAAUUGUUGAUGGUCUCAGCAGCUACAGGCAUCCUGUCAUCGUGUACAUUGUGCCAAAUGGAGAGUUGCGAGGAGGUGCUUGGGUCGUCUUGGACCCGAGUAUCAACCCGGAAUACAUGAGCAUGUUCGUGGACAACGAGUCUAGAGGAGGUGUCUUGGAGCCAGAGGGUAUCGUUGAGGUCAAAUACAGGAAACCCAAGGUUCAAGCCACCAUGGCCCGAUUGGACCCAGAGUAUGCUCAGCUGAAGGCUGCCGCUGAGGGAUCAAAUGCGACACCGGAGGAGAAGGCGGCGGCGGAUGCCAAGUUGGCCGCUAGGGAGAAGCACCUGUGGCCCGCUUAUCAGUCGAUCGCUCUCGAGUUCGCCGAUCUGCACGACCGAAGCGGACGCAUGAAGGCCAAGGCAAACUGUGUUCCUUGUGAUUGGGAGAACUCGCGACGAUCAGUGUACUGGUCUCUGAGGCGCAAGUUGUCGGAAGUGCGCAUCAUGAAACGUCUCGCCGUUGCGAACCCGAAUCUCACAUACCCCGAGCGCAAAACUCUCUUGGCAGAAUUCAUUCCUUCGGACCUCUCAGCCGACAACGAAGUGGCGGCGUACAUUGAGAAAUCGGGCGACGCCAUCGAAUCAUAUGUUCAAAGCGUCAAGGACGAGUACUGUUCGGACACCAUCUUGUCAUGGGCCUCAACGAAUCAAGCUGGAGUCUUCGAAGGAUUCACCAGGAUCCUCAACACACUUUCGGCUCAAGAAAAGGCUUCUAUCUUGGAGCAAUUGUCCUCUAACCAGGCCCAAUAAGUGCUCCGUUCUUUUCCAUAUCCGUCCUCGCUAUUACUUUGCUAUUUCUAAGCAUAGACACAGCCAGCUCCCCUGUAUAUUUUCCCACUUCUUCUCUCAUAAACAUAUAGCUCUUGGCCAAUUUACGAUUGGCUGAAACACAUGCAUAGGAUUCUCGAGA